UUACCAAAACAUUUACGAGAACAAACAAGUUUACUAAAAAUUAUAAAACAUUUAAAUUUAAAUAUUUUGUAUAUAAUGAUAUUUCAUUAUAUCAAUUUGAUAGUUUAAUCUGUUCUGAUCAGUAUAUAUAGUGAUUUAUAUUUAUUUUUGUGUCUAUAAUUAGUCAGUAUAUCAUAGAGGUUAUUAAAUUUAUUAUGUUCUAUACAUUGAUGGUGAUUCUUAAAUCAAAUAAUAAUAAAAUGUCACAAAAUCUUAUAAAUAAACAAUAAUUUGUAUAUAUAUAGAUAUAUACGCACAUAUACAUUGUCUCUCUUGAAUAACGUUAAAAAAAUAAAUAUUGUAAACAUGUACGAUAUAUGCCAUCCUAGUUUUUAUUAUAUUGAAAAAUUAGGUUGUAACGAUCCUGUAAAAAUUUCAAAUACAUUUUAUAUAUAUAUGCAAUUAUGCGAAGAUAAAAGAUUUUGGCACGUUAACUAUAAAUAUAAUGCGGAAUUGGAUUUACUUUAUUUAGAAACAAAGAAAAAUAAGAAUUCGAAUCUUGAAAUUUACGUACCAUGGCUCAUAUCAUUUCCAAUCACUAUAGACUUUAUUGAAAAAUUACAGAAGGUACUUGAAACUGAUCGAUUAAUAUUUGUAUUUAAAUCUGCUGACAGCACUAGCGUCUUUUAUAGAGCCAGUGCAGGUCUUAUAAAACCUCUAUCGCCUGAAAUAAGAAAACAAUUAAAAGAAAAAGAAGAUAAAAAAAUAUUGCUAGAAAGAAAUAUCAAGAAAAAUACAUCUAAUUUAUACGAAUUAGCCAAAUCUAUAAAUACUGAAAAUAGUAAUUUUCAAUCGACAGAUACUAUCGAAAGUGAAAAUGAGAAAACGAAUUCCGAAACAAUAUCUAUAAUAGAAAUAUAAUUUAAACUACUAAAAUAUUUUCAAAUUUCUAAAUAUAUAAAUAUAAAUAUAUAAUGAGAGAAAAUAAAUUUGUUUAAAUACUUGAAAUUUAUAUAAAAACAAAUUUAUAUAAAUAACAAAUUUAUAUAAAAACUUAUACGUAAAGGUGUGUGUAUAUAUACAUGUAUAUUAAUAAAAAAAACAAGAGAAAUACAUUCUUCAAAAAUUUAUUCUUGAAUCAUGUAAUGCUUAUAUGUAUAUAUAAGAUCAUAAAUUUAAAGAGAAUAUCACUAAGAGUUACGUAAUUUACUUAUGGUGAUAUGUAAUAAGCUGCCAUUGUAAAUAUAUGUAUCAAAUAAAUAAAUUUUUAGAAAUCUU